CGGGGAUGCUGCGGGGCCGCGGGCCGCGCCGGUAGCGCGCUCGGCCGGGCGGUGCCAGGCAUGCAGGGCAAGGCCAAGCUGCUGCUGGUCCACAACGGCCGCAUGGGUCCGGCUGUGUCAGAUGGAGGUAAGACUGCUCUUUGCUCUGCUGGAGCCCAGCAUCAUCGGCAGGGGAGGGGGAAGCCAGAGGCAGCCUGAUGCCAGGGGCAAGGAGCUAGCCGAGAGCCAGGUCCUGUGUCAGUACAGGCUGUGCCAUGGGCGAGUGCAUAGCCGGGCCCCUGCGGUUCUGGGAUGAGCCCUCUGAAAGGGACUCACCAUACCCCCAUUCAUCCCAUUGUGCCUGUCCCUCCUGCUCAGCUGGCACCCUUGGGUGCUGAGGGCUGAGAGGCUUCCUGGGGCAAGCAGAACCUGGGUACCAGACAGCCCCCGGCUUCCUGAGGGAGUCUGUUUGUCCAUCUGUCUCAUUGUGUAUCAGAUAUCUCAGUCCAUUCACCCAUCUCCGUCCCGCUGCAGGAUCCUUCCAAUGCGGGAUGCUGGUGGCUGAUGUUCCCACAGGCAGAGUGUGUGCACUUACCCCCUGUUCUGGACAGGAGGGAAAGGGUGGGGAGCCCAGCAAAGCAGGAGCCUGACUCCUCCUCUGCUCCUGCCAGCUUUGCUGGGAGAGACCUUUACCUUCUCUUGCAAAUGACUCUCUUGCCAAUUGCUCACCAUCCAAACCAGUUCAAAAGCUGGAGUUGCCCUUGGGAACUUCCAUCUUUUUGAUGGAGGGAUUACAUUGGAAUGCUUGGUCACCUUGGGUUUCCCCAGGAGAGGGUUUCCUCUGGGUUGGGAGCUGGAGAUGACACUUUCUGUGCCCUCCUCUCACUGGGUUUGUUCCUCGUCAUGGCUGGAGGAAUGGUGAACGAAAUCAGGACCCCUACCCAUCCUCUGAGCUUCCCUCCAUGCUGUGUGCAUCCCAGGUCCCCUUCCUCCCCACUUUCCCUCCCUGGCUGGGUGCCUUCCCCACACAUCCGCUUUGUUCCCCUGGGAAAGUUAAACGCCUCCAGGGCCCGCGGCAGCAACCACAGUGUGAACAGCCUGCCGGGACCCUCUGCCUGCUGCAGCUCUGCUCCGGGGUCUGUGGUCAGCUGGGCUGAAUCCUUCGAGACGCUGCUGCAGGACCGUGUGGCUGUCACCUACUUCACUGAGUUCCUCAAAAAGGAGUUCAGCGCUGAAAAUGUCUACUUCUGGCAGGCAUGCGAGCGGUUCCAGCAGAUCCCGGCCAGCAACACGCAGCAGCUGGCCCAGGAGGCACGGCGGAUUUACGAUGAGUUCCUCUCCAGCCACUCCAUCAGUCCCGUGAACAUCGACAAGCAGGCCUGGAUUGGGGAGGAGAUGCUGGCCACCCCCUCCCCAGACAUGUUUCGCACCCAGCAGCUCCAGAUCUUUAACCUGAUGAAGUUUGACAGCUACACACGCUUCGUGAAAUCCCCGCUCUACCAGGCCUGCCUGCGGGCAGAGAGCCAGGGGCAGCCCCUGCCCGACCUGCGGCCCCACUCCCGCAGCAGCAGCCCUCCGCCCGACCUCAGCAAGAAGUCAAAGCUGAAGCUGGGCAAGUCCCUGCCUCUGGGUGUGGAGACGGCAGGCAGUGGUGCCAACCGCAGCCCCCGCCGCUCCUUCAGGAAGGGAGAGAGGAGGGAGCCCUCCUGGGCAGAUGGGGGAGAAGGUGGUGGGAGUGCCAUGCUGUGGCGGGAGUCCCAGGGCUCACUCAACUCCUCCGCCAGCCUGGACCUGGGCUUCCUGUCUUCAGGAAGCACGGCCCCAAGCCCCUGGACAGAGGGCCAUCGGAAGAGUCUGGGGGGCAGUGAGGCAGAGCUGCCAGCCAAGCCCAUGAAGUACUGCUGUGUGUACCUGCCCGACGGCACAGCCUCGCUGGCCUCCAUCCGGCCUGGCCACUCCAUCCGUGACAUGCUGGCGGGGAUUUGUGAGAAACGUGGCUUCAGCCUCCCCGACAUCAAGGUCUACCUGGUGGGGAAUGAGCAGAAAGCGCUGGUGCUGGACCAGGAGUGCUCCGUAUUGGCAGACCAGGAAGUGAAGCUGGAGAACAGGAUAAGCUUUGACCUGGAAAUCUCCUCCCUCAAGAAGACCAUCCGCAUCACAGCAAAGCCAACCAAGCGCAUCCGGGAAGCUCUGCAGCCUGUGCUGGGGAAGUACGGUGUGAGCGUGGAGCUGGUGCUGCUGCGGAGGCAAGGUGAGCUGGCUGCCCUGGACCUGGAGAUGCUGGUCAGCACAGUGGCUGCUCAGAAACUUGUCCUGGAAACGCCAGCAGACAUGCGAGUGACAGGGAGUGCUGCGGCUGCCCCAUCCCCACUCAGGAGUGAGGAGGGAAGCCCAACAGAAGAGCCUGAUACACUGUGGGAGAUGUCUUCCUCCUUCUCUCGGGCCCAUUCUUCUGCUGCCACAAACCUGAACCGCCGCACCUAUGACCUGGAAGGGCUCGUGGAGCUGCUGAACCGUGCCCAGAGCUGCCGGGCCAACGACCAACGUGGGCUGCUCUCCAAGGAGGACCUGGUCUUGCCUGACUUCCUCCAGCUCCCUGAGCAGGACAGCAGCGCCUGCGAGGGGCCGGAUCGCCCGGGCUCUGAGGGGAGCAGCCAUCCCCAGCCCGCAGAGCCCACUCCAGCUCAGCCUCCAGUUGACCACGAGCUCCGAUGAGUUCUGCUGCACGUCUGCACCGGCGUGUGGUGCCCUCGGGCCAUGCCGGGGUUCAACAUGGGCUCAACCAGCCCCUGCCCUGCACUGCCAACACUGCCCGGACCACAGAUCCAUCCACGUCCUGCCCCAAACUGUCGUGUCGUGUCACUGUGAGUGGUUGAGCAGCUGCCAUUGCCCCUCAGUGGGUCACAUCCUGGUGCACGUUAAGGGUGUCCUGUACAUAGUUUGAACCCUCGUUGCAAAGCACUUUGCAACAUCUCACGUGCCUGGCACUGUCCUACCCAGUGCCUGUGGCAGAGCUGCCCGCCCAGCAAAUCCUGCCUGUGCUGGGCUGGCACAGCCCCACUGACUGUUUGGGUAGGGAAAGCACCCAAAAGGUGUUCAGGAUAGAGAGGGUGGGGUGGCAGCCCCAACCCUAGUGCUGUGGGCAGGCAGGGUCAGAAGUGUCCAGAGCUGAGGGCUGGAUCCGGUCCCUGACCCUGCAGGAAUAGGGAUUCCCCAUAGUUGGAGUGCAUGGUCCUGCAGGCCCUGCAGAGCAGGUUGUUACUGUCCACACUGUGUGAGUAUGGCUGGGCCUGAUAAUGCCAUGACAGCACUGCUGUGGAGCAGGGUGCCUGGUUCCUGCGCCACACAGACCACAGGUCGUGCCAAAGGAGGCUUUCUCCCCCUUGCAGAGAGACCCUGUGGCUCCUGGGUGUCUGCUGAAGCGACCCACAGGAGCAGAUCCCAGUAGGUCCCCUGCCCCAGCCUGGUCAGGACUGGAGGUGUUCAGCUCUCUGAUGCCAGAGGAAUGCAGCAUCCCUGGGUGCUGAGCAUCUCAGCCUGUGUGCAGGUACCCAGCGUGUGCCCAGCCUGCCAUCUCUGCCAGCGGCUGGGCUGGGCUGUAACCUUGAGCCCAGCUCUGCCAGACCUGGUUGUGCUCUACAGGUCCCCAUCCCCAGCAGCCCCAUGUCCCCAGAGGUCCCAGAUCCAGUCUGUGAUGGAAGCAUUCCCCCCAACAGCCAAGUGAUCCCUCCAUUGUCCUCACUUGCUGGGGCCCUGCUUGGCUGUGCCCUGGGGUCACCGCUCUGCCACCACUGCCCGGCAAGAGACAGAGGGUGACCCAAGGUAGCCCUGUAGCUCACGCAGGGACAAGGGCCAUGGCCACCCAGCCCCACACUGCCGUGGCCAGCUGCAGCCCUGCAGCCCUGGUCACAGCCCUCUGUGUCUGUGGUGCUGCUCAGUCCUGUCUGUCCUGUGAAACCAGGGGAAAUAAAAAGCAUUGCCUUGA